GGCGAAUCGAUGGACGGGUGUUCAACUCCGUACCUUGUUUACGUUACGACAACCAAAAAAAAAAAAAAAAUCCCGGGAAACUCAUCAAGAAAAUCGAAUUUAGGGUUUAGGGAUUCAAAUUGAUUGAAUUGGAAAAUGUCUCAGACUGGGAAACUGAUGCCGAAUCUCGAUCAACAGAGCACGAAGAUGCUCAAUCUCACUGUUCUCCAACGAAUCGAUCCUUUCAUAGAAGAGAUUUUGAUCACUGCUGCUCAUGUCACCUUUUACGAAUUCAACAUCGAUAGUAAUCAAUGGAGUCGAAAAGAUGUUGAAGGAUCUCUCUUUGUUAUUAAGAGGAAUACUCAACCUCGGUUCCAGUUCAUUGUAAUGAAUCGGCGUAACACAGAUAAUUUAGUGGAGAAUCUACUGGGAGAUUUUGAGUACGAGGUUCAAGUUCCAUACUUAUUGUAUCGAAAUGCGGCACAAGAAGUUAAUGGCAUUUGGUUCUAUAAUCCGCGUGAAUGUGAGGAUGUUGCAAACCUCUUUAGUAGAAUACUUAAUGCAUACUCAAAAGUUCCUGCAAAGCCAAAAGUAUCUUCAAGCAAAAGUGAAUUUGAGGAACUAGAAGCAGUUCCUAGCAUGUCUAUAAUAGAAGGCCCCUUGGAGCCACCAGCAACUGCCUCUCCUACUAAUGAUGCUCCUGAAGAUUCAUCGUUUGUUAACUUCUUUAGUGCUGCUAUGAAUCUUGGAACUAAUGCUCCAAAUGGUACAAAACCAGUACAGCCUUACCAUUAUAUCUCAACCACCCCUCUGUCUUCUCAUUCACCACCUGCCAUCUCCACUCCUACAUUUGCUCCAUCUGUGUCAUCCCUUCCUUUUUCUGCUCCACCUUCCCUUGAUUCAGUAAGUAGCAGCAACCUAGUGACUAAUCUCGUUAAGCCUUCUUCAUUUUUUACUCCGCCUUCCUCAUCCUCAUUGAUGAUGCCACCUUCCUCUUCAUCAACUCCAACUGCUUCUGCUCUACAUCCACCCCUCAAUUUGCAACGUCCUUAUGGCACUCCAAUGCUUCAACCCUUUCCACCUCCUAGUCCACCUGCAUCUCUCACUCCUGGUGCACCACCUACUUUGCAUGACGGAUCUCUUAUUAGCAGGGAUAAAGUUCGCAAUGCACUACUAAUGCUUGUUCAGGAUGAUCAAUUCAUUGACAUGUUCUACCAGGCAUUGCAAAAGGUGCAUCACUCCUGAGCAUUUUAAAGUUGAUCCUCAAAACUUGAUUUCAAUGUUCCAUGUGCACCUUGUACUUUUAUUUUCUUCAGUCAGGUAUCUCAACUUUGACACUUGAUUUG